CAUCGAUACAUUGAGUAACAAGAACGGAAACAGGAACACGAAUAGAGUUUUUCUUUGAUAUCGUAAACACAUUAUUUUUUUGCACCAGCACCUGCGGGUUCCUGGUGUUACUUGGACAUAAGUACCGUUCAUUUCUGUUUGGACUUUUGUUUCCCCUUUGAUAAGUGGUGGUGUCGACAUAAAGAAAAACAGCUUCACUUAAAACAAAUCCUCAUAAUAAGUCGAUCUCACGGAGUGUCGCCAUGGGGUCUGCGGUCGAGAGGACUGACGAACAUGUGAGGGAGUAUCUCAUCUUCCGUGGCUUCAACAGCACUCUGAAACACUUUGACAGUGACAUCAAAGCUGACAAGGAGAAAGGCUUCAGGGUGGAUAAGAUAAUUGAUCAGCUGCAGCAGUUUGUUCAGAACUUCGAAUUGUCAGGUCUCAAGGAGUACUGGCUUUACCUGGAUAGACGUCUGUUCUGCAGAUUGGAAGAUGUUUAUAGAUCCACUGUCAACAAACUGAGAACCAGCCUGUACAGAUAUUAUGUCAUCAACACAAUACAGAAAGGAAAUCUGGAGAAGACUCAAGAGUUUUUCCAGAAGCAGGCGUUGGAGUUGCAGACUCAGUCUGAGUGGCGCGACUGGUUCAUCCUGCCGUUUAUCCCCAGCCCUGAGCAGAAUCCUGCCUUCUCGAUGUACUUCUCCCGCCAGUGGGCUGAUACCUUUUUGGUUUCACUGCACAACUUCCUGUCAGUCCUUUUCCAGUGUAUGCCCCAGCCUGUGUUGCUGAGCUUUGAGGCUGAAGUACAGAAGAUGACCAGCCUGACCGAAGAGAAUGAACGACUCCGUCAGCGGCUGUUUGCCCUGCAUACAGAGAGCCGGGAUCAGAGGGACAGCGAUGAGAUGGUCCAUCAUAAGUUUCCUCCAUAUAUCCAGAAUAAGGAUCGACUGGGAGACACUGAGCUAGACUUGAUGUCGAGCCAGCGAGCCAUGGCCAUUGCCACCGCUCCCUCUAAAAACUUCUUCUCUACAUUCCUGCCACCAGGCAGACGUACUCCGGGAAAACCACCCCAGGUUACGACAGGGUCCUCAUCAAGCCAAACAGGUGUCAUCAGACAGGAUCCACAAAUCAUUCAGCCUUCAAAGUCUAAAGAGGCAAUUCAGGCUAAGGAGGGGAAACCAUCUUCCAGCCAGUCAUCAGUGAAUGAACCUGUAAGUUCCCAGUCCCAACAAUCUACAAACCACUCAACAAACCAUGUGACAAACCAGAAUCCCAGACACAAGAGAAUCCAGGACCAUGAAAAAGAGAGGAAGGAGCUUUUGUCCAAACCAUCACCACAGACACUGGAGAAGAAAGGAGAGACUGAGGAGGUAGAACCCCUUACCGAGACAUCCAGUGAACUAUCUGAUUGCUUAAAUAGGGGGAGCUGGGGAGUGGGAGCAGAAGGAGGUGGACUGCAAGUGGAGCAGCCUUUCAUCAAACUCAGUCAGGAGGAAUAUGGAGAGCAUCACUCCUCCAUCAUGCACUGCAGGGUUGAUUGUUCUGGUCGUCGGGUUGCUAGUUUGGAUGUAGAUGGUGUCAUCAAGGUGUGGUCUUUCAACCCUAUCAUGCAGACAAAAGCUACCAUCAUGUCCAAGUCUCCCCUGCUGUCUUUGGAGUGGGCCACCAAACCAGACAGACUGUUGUUACUAGGCAGCGGCGUUGGAACUGUGCGGUUGUAUGAUACAGAUGCUAAGAAGAAUCUCUAUGAGAUGAAUAUUGAUGACACCCAUCCACGUAUCUUGUCCUUAGCUUGCAGCCCCAGCGGGUCUUCGUUUGUCUGCUCAGCUGCCGCUGUCGGUCGAGCUGGAAGUUUUGAAUCUUCACGACUUCCUGUACCGGUAUCAGGUCAACUGCUGCUUUGGGACACAAAGACUGUCAAGCAACAGCUUCAGUUCUCUUUAGAACCUGGACCAGUAGCCAUUAAUUGCACGGCCUUCAAUCACAAUGGAAACCUGCUGGUGACCGGAGCUGCUGACGGAAUCAUCAGACUGUUCGAUAUGCAACGGUACGAGAGUGCUAUGAGCUGGAGAGCUCAUGAUGGGGAAGUGUACAGCGUGGAAUUCAGCUCUGAUGAAAACACGGUCUUCAGCAUUGGAGAAGAUGGCAAGUUUAUCCAGUGGAACAUACAUCGCUGUGGAGUAAAGCAGACAGAACAGGUUUUACCUCAGGAUGCAACUGGGCCCUUCGUCCUGUCAGGAUACAGUGGGUACAAACAGGUUCAGGUUCCUCGGGGUAGACUCUUUGCCUUCAACUCUGAAGGACAACACAUCCUGACCUGUUCUGGUGCCGGAGGAAUCAUAUACAGACUGACCAAUGGGGAGCCAGCGCUGGAGAGAGUUCUGUCACUCGGUGGGCACAAAGCCCCAGUGGUGACAGUUGAUUGGUGCUCAGCAGUGGACUGCGGCACCUGCCUGACAGCCUCCAUGGAUGGGAAGAUUAAACUGAGCACACUCCUGGCACAAAAGUCCUGAUGGACAAAAGUCUGAGGGAGGGAGUUUAGUCAAAAGGAUGAACUGAUGUAGAUGAAAAAUUAAUUAAUUUGCACACUUACUGAUAGAAAUGAUUCCAAGAAAUGAAAUGAAUGGAUAAGUAUGUCAUCUACUCAUGAUAUCAUACAGACUGGUUCCAAAAUGGCAUUAAAAUGUAGCUUACGUUUCUAGAACUGUUUCUGUCUUAAAGCUAAAUUCAGUGGACAUCACACAUAAAUUUGUGAUAGUCAUCAAUACUUGUGCAUUUCUAGUUUGUUCUUAAGUAACAUCAGAAUUUAAGAGUGUAAUUUCUUCCUUCAUUUGAUCAUUUAAUUCUUUAAAUUGUUUACACUUGUUAAAGAUUAUAUUUCAACACGUUCAUUUGUUUCAGAUUGUCAUUAAUUUUUGACAUUACUUAACUGCAAAUGUUUUGUAAAAAAUAAAUAAAUAAAUUAUACGUCA